AAAAGGAAAAAGGAAAACGCGCUUAAAAUGAACUGAUGCAACAGUGGCGCACACAAGAGCCGCGUUUCACCUUUGUUUACAUGCGUAACAGUUCCCUCCGCGAGGAAAACUAGAUCUGGACACUUGAGUUUAUCGAUUAAAAAAAAAAUAAUAAAUUAUGAAAAAUUGCUCAUUUACUGUGAACAGUUGAUAAAAACACACACAAGGUGUUAGCGAUGCAGACAGAGACGGCGAAGCUAAGGGAACACGAGAGCGAUGCAGCGGAGGGAUACCGGAGCGCACAGCGGCGCAGCUGCGCAGAGACACUGGACAGAGAAUAAAUGCUGUAGCGGUGACAUAUUUAAUUUUUGCUCAAAAUAAUCCAUCGAAUCGCCAUUAUGCCGGGAAUGAUGGACAAAGGGUCGGAAUAUCUGGGGAAAGGCCGCUCAAAUGGGACGAAAAGCCCGUCUAACGCCUCGAACGGACAUUUUUCGGACGAGAGCGGCAGCGACGACGAGCACGAUGUGGGCAUGCGUGUGGGCUCAGAUUAUCAAGUUUAUAUUCCUGAGUUUGAUCCAGGCUCCACAAAGUACAGCGAUAAAGACAACGGUGGCAUGUUGGUUUGGUCUCCAUAUCACACAAUAGUUGACUCUAAAUUGGAUGAGUACAUUGCAAUUGCGAAAGAAAAGCAUGGAUAUAAUGUUGAGCAGGCUCUCGGCAUGCUCUUCUGGCAUAAACACAACAUUGAGAAGUCCCUUGCUGAUCUCCCAAACUUCACCCCCUUCCCUGAUGAGUGGACGGUGGAGGACAAGGUGUUGUUUGAACAAGCGUUCAGCUUUCAUGGGAAGAGCUUCCAUCGGAUCCAGCAGAUGUUGCCGGACAAAUCCAUAUCCAGUCUUGUGAAGUACUACUAUUCGUGGAAAAAAACGAGAUCCCGGACGAGUCUGAUGGACCGACAAGCACGAAAGCUGGCAAACCGGAGUAAUCAAGAUGAAAGUGAGGAAGAGAUGGAAGAAGCCAACCCUGUUGAGGCCCACGACCGUGACUAUGACCCCACCAAAGAGCCGAAGAAGGAGAGUCAUGCAGAGCCUCAGACGCUGAGCUCCAAAAUUGCACUGGGACGCAGAGAGCACCAGACCCUGCAGCACCGUCACCACAGCCAGCGGGCCAAGUGCCGCCCUCCCAGAGGCAUGUACCUCACACAGGAGGACGUGGUGGCCGUCUCCUGCAGCUCCAGCGCCGCUAACUCGGUCCUGCGGCAGCUCGACAUGGAGCUGGUGUCCCUGAAGCGACAGGUUCAGAAUGCCAAGCAGUUAAACAGUGGACUUAAGCAGAAGAUUGAAGAUGGAAUUGAUGAACUCAGACUGCCUGAGUGCACCCAAAAAAUUAAUGCCCGCUGGACAACAGAUGAGCAGCUUUUGGCAGUACAAGGGGUACGGAAAUACGGGAAGGACUUCCAGGCUAUUGCUGAUGUGAUCGGGAAUAAAACGCUGGGACAGGUGAAGAAUUUCUUUGUGAACUAUCGGCGGCGCUUUAAUUUGGACGAGGUGCUUCAGGAAUGGGAGGCGGAGCAGGGAGCUCCCAGCGGAGACGGUGCCAGCUCUGCUGAGGAUGGGAAGAACAGCAACAGCUCCUCAGGAAAGAGCACAGAUGAGGAAGAGGAAGAGGGUCAGGUGACCCCAGCCUCGGGUCCGUCUCCUGGAGCCACAGCAGCCAGCAGCUCCAGCUCUCUCAACCAGCCUCCACCUCUUCUGCGCCCAUAUCUUCCUGCCACUCCAGCGCUACACCGCCAGCCUCCGCCUCUGCAGCAGCAAGCUCGCUUCCUUCAGCCCCGUCCUGCCCUGAACCAGCCUCCGCCGCUCAUCCGGCCCUCCAACCCCCCCCCUCCGGGCCUCAACCCCCGCCCCACGGCUUCAGCCGCGCCCGCUCUGCUGGGCAUCCAGCACGACUCUCUACACUGAUGUGAUUCGUAUUUCUGACUGUGCAGAUGAAGUAAUUAGUCAGCAGUUCUCAUUGUGAAUACUAGGAAAAAAUGUAUUUGUUUUAAACUGUAUAUAUUAGUUGCGUAAUUUUCUAUUUAUUUUAACUUAUUAUUUUUUUUAAUUCUAGAUUUUGUAAUCAUGUGGUAACAUUGUCUUUAAAAUAUUGUGCUCAGUCAGCGCUUUUUCGUGUUGUUUGUUAGUAUCUAUUAUGUAAGGGCAGACCUCUGUAAAUGGGGUUCGCUCGUCGUUCUGUUGUUCAUCUGUGUUUGUGGUUGAUUACUGUGUCGUGCCAUUUUUACGAGUUUCGUAUUUUUAUAUUAGGUGCUACAGACUGACAGAAAAUCACCUGUCGGAAUUCUCUUGCCAUCAAAGUGCUCUUAACAAGAAAAUAUAAUCUCAUACUUGAUUGCUAAUGAAAAGCUUAUUACUGUCAUACUUUUUUUUUCUUUUUUUUUUUGCUGGACAUUGAUACCAAAAACUACUUCAGUCCCUUUUGAGAUUAAAACACUUAUUUUCAACCCCAUUUUAUCAUUUUUGUUAAUUCAGAUUUAAUUGGGUUUGUUUAUAAACCUGUUUAACUUGCAGAAAUGUGUGCAUGAUACUCAUUUCCAACCAGACACUAAGCUGUUGACCUGAGCUGCUUCACUAGUGCUGUGCUGUUUGUUCAUCAGAGUUUAGCAUGUAGCCUGGAUCCUGAGCUGUGGAUUGGAGAUCAGUUGAUCAGAUCAUGGUUACGUGCACAUCAUUUUCCAGUUAAAGGUCUAUAUUCUGGUUAAACCUUUAUUCUGAAAAGAGGUUUACAUAAUCCACAGCUCUGAAUAUCACUGUGUGCAUGUAAUGAGCAUUAUCAGAAUAAACUAAUCUACGUUCUUUCCCCUUUAUUCUCCUGGAAAUAAUGGGGAUCCCCUCUUGCCAUUUGUUUAAGCAAUUUAAGUUUACAUUGAUGUUCUUAAUAUUACACAAGAGCAUAAAUUUGUCAUGAGACGCGAUUUAAAGAUAUUUCUUCUUUGUAGAAUGUUAAUUUAAAAAGUUGUUUUGCUCCAAGAAUAAUUUUAUGUUUAAUAGAGUUGGCAUCUCACAGCUGUAUAAUCCAGCAUUACCUUUGUUUGGAUGUGCAGAUAAUCAGUUACGGUGUUUACGUGACUCAAAAUGCUGAUUACUACAGACGUACACGGCCUUAUUCAGAUUUCUAUAAACCGAGAUGUUAAUCUGGUUAGGAUAGCAUUGCAUAAUCAGAAUAAGACUGAUUAAUACUGGAAUAUUCUUGUGCAUUCAAACAGUCACCGUGCAAACACUUCACUGCUGUAUGAUUUUCAUCAUUCAUAAUUUGUCUUAUUUUCUGGGUAGUUCCUUGGAAGUUUUUUGAAGUCUUAACUAGAUUUU